AUGACUAGUCUUGAUAUAAUCUUCAGAUUUUCUAUUCAACUAUUCGGCGCGCUCUUCAACUACCUCAAGUUAGCUUCGUCCUACUUCAAAUGGGUUUUAGAGUUCCUUCUCUACCACCCAUUUUACACCCUCCAUGUUCAUCAUCAUCAGUUUCAAGAGUUUCAUCAGAUCGUUACAGAAGAAGAACAAGUGGAGAUAUGGCGUCAUCGCGGAGAAGAAGUGGAUUGUGCAGUGUGUCUGAGCAAGAUUGGUGAAGGAGACGAAAUUAGUGUGUUGAGAUGUGAGCAUGUUUUUCAUAGGCUUUGUUUGAAUCAAUGGAUCGGGUUCAGCAACUUUACUUGUCCUCUUUGCAGAGACUUUCUGGGUUCUGGGAUUAGAACUGUUCUUUUCUUCAAGUUUUCUUCAUUCUCUGAUAAUUCUGAUCAGCGUGAGAACUGGUGGCUUCGAUAG